GCCUUCUUGCUCUUCUUCACAUUCUUGUUUCCUUUUCCAACUAACGUCUUUUUCUACAUCUUCUACGUCUACAAACUCUUCUUAUUCAAAUGACAUCGUGAUAACAAAUCAUGGUAGAAGGAGGAGUUACCAUAGUUAAAUAUCUUCUAUUCCUGGCUAAUUUAGUAUUAUGGGUGGGAGGACUGUCUCUGAUUAUUGUUGGAUCCAUUUUACAGUUGAAAUUUGAUAAUGUAUUAGAUAUAUUAGGCGAUGAAAGGUUAGCCACACCGAUUCUCUUACUCGUGAUCGGAUCUUUGUGUACUCUUCUCGGAUUUCUAGGAUGUUGUGGAGCAAUUCGUGAGAAUUAUUGUCUAACCGUCUCUUUUGCAGUUCUUCUUGCACUUCUUAUCACGUGUGAAAUAGCAGCAGUCAUUAUCGGAUAUGCAUUGCAUGAUAGUUUCAGACUUGGAAUUGGUAAUCAGCUUCAGACGGGUAUGGUACGAUAUCACGAGAGUCGAGGAGUUGAGAGUGCAUGGGAUAAGACACAUCAGUUGUUUGAAUGUUGUGGAGUAACAAAUUCAUCCGAUUGGCUCACAUUCACAACAAUUCCUGAUUCAUGUUGCAUUGAAGAAAUCGAGGGAUGUGCUCGAGAGAAUGCUCCACUCUUUGAGCCCGGAUGCAUUCACAGUGUCGAACAAUGGGUGCUCAAGAAUGGAGCAAUGGUCGGCGGAAUUUGUGCAGUUUUGGCAGCAAUUCAAUUGGUCGGAGUCUGUUUCGCUUGUUGUCUUUCAAAAUCAAUUCUCAAGGAUUUCCAUGACUUUUAUUAUUAGUUCAUAACCAUCCGUUUUUCUUUGCAAUCCUUAUUUUAGGUUCUUUCAAUCGCCGUGUCACAAAUUAAACAAUAAUAAUAAUGUAUAAUUUAUAUAUGAAUAUACGAUGAAAAAGAAAUUGAGGAUGAAGAAAAAUAAGCA